AUGAUCCAGUUGCGCAUUUUCUGCUGGUCAGCCUUAUUUGCAAUUAAAUUGCUGCUAAUUCUGAAUGUUUACCCAAGUCAAGCAGAACGAUAUGUGGAGUUUAAGAAUGCCAGUUCUACGUUCAAUCCGAAAUAUUUCAAGAAUUUUACAAUCUACGUUAUAAAUCAAACGCUCAACUUGGAUAUGGAUGUGAAACUACCAAUUCAGAGGGGGUUUAAAGUCCAUGUCGACUAUCAACUGCGCGUGGCCAAUGCGAAAAACUUUCAAACGCUCUUCAGCCACAACAUCGACUUAUGCGCCACAGUUAGUAAUGUUAAGGAAGGUUUGCUCAAGAGCUGGUUCAAGAGCAUGACAAAACACGGCAACUUCAUGCACAAUUGUCCCGUGGAGGUGGGACAUUAUUAUUUGCACAAUUGGAAAAUGGGCACGACGAUGACGCAUCAGUUUCUAUAUCCUGGAGAGUAUCGUGGCCGGGCCGAUUUUUUUUAUGGCAAGUACAAGACCAAAACAGAAGAGCGAACGCUCUCCUUUAUUCUGGAAGCAGUUCUGCACAGCUAAACCAGAGCGUCUAUGGGUGGUAAUUUCUCAAUCAGAGUGCGCCUC